UUCUAGGGUUUUAUAGAGGAGGGCAGAGCUAAGUAACCACUGCAAAUAAACAUAAUGGAGGAUCCGGAAAUCCCAAACAUCUGCAUAGAAGACGUAAACCUUUCACUGUCGCUUCAAGAACCAAGUCCCAAGAAGCAGAAAAUGUCCAUCACCACCUCCGACGAUGAAGACUUGGAGACCACCACGGCCACCACGGAUGGACCUACACUGGAGAAAAAACCCAGAUACAAGCGCCGGAAAAUCGCCAUAUUCUUCGCUUAUUGCGGCGUCGGGUACCAAGGAAUGCAGAAAAACCCCGGAGCCAAAACCAUCGAAGGCGACCUCGAAGAAGCCCUCUUUCAUUCCGGUGCAGUACCCGAACAUGACCGGGGCCGCCCAAAACGGUUCGAUUGGGCCCGGUCUGCCCGUACUGAUAAGGGAGUUAGCGCCGUUGGCCAAGUAGUGUCCGGACGGUUCUAUGUUGAUCCGCCCGGUUUUGUGGAUCGACUUAACUCUAAUCUUCCUCCCCAGAUUCGGAUUUUCGGGUACAAGCGUGCGACGGCGUCGUUUAAUGCGAAGAAGUUCUGCGAUCGGCGUAGGUAUGUAUAUUUGAUACCUGUGUUUGCUCUUGAUCCGUGUGCGCAUAGAGAUAGAGAGAGUGUAAUGGCUAGUUUGGGUUCUGGGAAUGAGCUUGUUAAGUGUUUGGAAUGCUCAGAGAGAGGACGUAAGGUCAUAGGAGUUAUGGGUAAACGUAGCUUUGAAACGAAAACUGAUACUGAGGUCAUAUCAGCCGAGUCAGGCAUUUUAUCGAACAAUGAAACUGCUAUUUCGCACAAGGAAGUUGAGGAGGAAACAAUGUUUUCCAAGAACAAUGGUGAGAGUAAGGAUAUUGAUUCUGAACCCGUGAAGGAACUAGAAAACGGAACUGCCGAAAAUGAAAGCAUUGUUUUGAAUUCUGACCCAGCAAUCGUGGAACAGGAAAUUGAAGAUGAGUGCGCUAAGGGAAAGGCGAAACCAGAGGAAAAGAGUGGGUUUUGUUAUGGUGAGAAGGAGAAGGAGAGGUUUAACAGAAUACUGAAAUAUUAUGAGGGAACACACAAUUUUCAUAACUUCACUACGAGAACAAAAGCGGAGGACCCAUCUGCUCGGCGCUACAUUGUCUCAUUCCAGGCAAACACUACAGUCACAGUGGAAGGUAUUGAUUUCGUCAAGUGUGAAGUUGUGGGGCAGAGCUUCAUGCUUCAUCAGAUUCGGAAGAUGAUUGGAGUUGCCAUUGCAAUCAUGAGGAAUUGUGCUUCGGAGUCAUUGAUUGAAACAGCUCUUCAACAGAAUGUUAAUAUCAAUGUGCCCACGGCUCCUGAAGUUGGAUUAUAUCUGGAUGAGUGCUUUUUCGCAUCAUAUAACCAAAAAUGGAACGGCACCCAUGAAGAACUGUCUAUGAAAGCUUACUCUGAGGAAGCAGAAGACUUCAAGAUGAAGUAUAUAUACACUCAUAUUGCAUCUACAGAACAUAAUGAAGGAAUUGUUGCCCUCUGGUUGCAUUCUCUCAACCACCGAAAUUAUCCUGAUUUAUGUGCUGUUAGCAAUAGUGGGACCAUGGACGGGAACAGCGCCGAAGUUGAGAACCUGGAUGAGUGAGUUGUAUUGCUGGUUACUUUUUUGUCACUGCUUAAUUUCCAUUCAUGCUUGUUAUGUUAUUCCUAUACUUGAUAUUCUCAUGUAAACUCUCUAAAUAAUAUUGUAACAGAAGGUGAUUGUAGUUUACAUAGGUCUGCUACAUUGUUGAACUUUUGGUGUCAAAUAAUGAAACGAGAGAUAGUAAGUUG